GUACAUAUCUUAACCAACAAUUUUAUUUUCACUGCCUUUUCCCACUUCUCUCCGUGACGCUGUUUCUGUAAGUAUUACUCAGUACUCACCGUCUUCUCUUUCCUCCGCUUCAGGAUAGCCAUGGCAGCUCGUAUUGUGGCGGCUGCUCGUCAAGCUGCAUCCAUUACUCGGAUCUCUUCUCAACAGCCUUUCCCUCAUCUUGUUCAACGCCGAGGUCUCGCUGGUGCUGCCGAUCACCAUGGGCCACCUAAGGUAAACUGCUGGCAAGAACCAAUGAAUCCUGGUAGCUGGAAGGAAGAACAAUUUGUUAUCGUCUCCCUCUCUGGAUGGGGUUUGCUUAUAUUUGGAGGCUACAAGUUCUUUGCUGGGGGAAAAGACAAGAAAGAGAAGGUGGCAGAAGCUUCCCAUUAGAGCAUUUCUGUACCGCGAGAUGCAUUUGCAAUAAAGUCGUCAAUCAAAUCUGUUCAACCAGGUGGAUAUCCUUUGGCAUUCCCAUUGUUGCUGAUUAUCAUGGCUUUGAAGCGAAUGAAUGUGAUGAAAUGCAUAUUUUGACUAUAUUCUAAAUUAGUGUUGUUUCCCCUUGAUUUCAAAUUAUAACUUAUUUUGUUGAUACUGAGGAUAUUACGCCUCUACCUGUUUGAUGCUACUUCAUCUGACAACAAUGGAUUGACGAAUAAUACACAUUUUUUCUAGCUCA